AUGGCAGGCCUGCCUCUGGUACCAUUUUCCGAACCGCUCUUUCCGUCGUUCGAGACACACCAUCUGAGCCAUGUCCACGAGCUGAAAUGGAAGAUUGUCGUCGAGUGCCGGGGCAAGAACCGCGAUUUCACGGGAAGCGCGCCGGUCACUGUGGUGGGUCCAAGCGAGGACCAGGAGUUCCUCAGGUCGGCCCGUCUGGGUCAGGAGGAGAUCAUUAAGGCGUAUAAAGAGUGGGCUGAGGGAUCGGUGCUUGCGCCGGCGUUGAGUGUUACGCAUGUGGACUUGGCUUCUCAGGGGCCACCGAGGACAGGUACAAAUUCUACACUGCCGCCGCCGGCAUAUACGUCGAAAUCGGUUAAGUGA